AUGUUCGCAUCUGAGUCGGUGGCUGGGGUCGUCGGAUCCAAAAUUGUCUUUGAAGUUCCGGUUGAUGACAUGUUCGGCCAACCGCAACCAUUGUCCACCAUGUAUCAUCCCUUUACGGACGGUCGAACGUCAUCAGAGCAGCGACCGCUUAGCAUGCCAGAUGUUGAGAUGUACGUUGGUCCAGUCAUUCGUAGGAGCAACGCAAAGAAAAGGAAACGUGUUUCGCAAUCGAGCUCUCGGUCACCUCCCUACCCGGUCCAUGAUCAAGAGAAGAGUACAACCUCUACACAUCUCGGCGGUUCCAUCCGUCAACCCACAGCGGAAGACUUCAUCAAGCUGGAAUAUCCUUUGCAGGCACCUCCAAACGAUGAAAAUGAUCCAGCCCGAGAUCUGCCUGUCAUUGAAGCCGAUUCGUCCCUACACGACUGUCUACUAAACGAGACUGACACUCAUCGUUUCGAAAUCUCGUCUGAAAGUUUAAUUUCAACGUCCAUUCGUCGAAAUAGUACAGAUUCGGUCGCUAAUCCCGGUCGCGUUUUUGAGCAAGAACCAUCUCACAAGCGCUCUAAGUCUGUACUCGACACACCUUCGUCUCUCAAACUCGAAACAACGAUCUUCGAGCCUGAAGUUACGCCCGCCCGUAUCUCAACUAUAGGCAGCGACAUGUUCUCUCCCUCUUUGGGGGGUCUAAAAAAGAUCGCAGGUGCCCCCAAGAAAGAGAAGACACUAGAGCGCGUCAAGCGGCUCUGGAGAGAGAUGAUGAACGGUCUUCCGUUCCGGCGUCAUUGA